AACUGUGUCAGUCGUUUUCAAUUUUAAACACAAUGACUGGACGCGGAAAGGGAGGAAAGGGAUUGGGAAAGGGAGGAGCUAAGCGCCAUCGCAAAGUUCUUCGUGAUAACAUCCAAGGAAUUACGAAACCAGCUAUCCGUCGUUUGGCUCGUCGUGGAGGUGUCAAACGUAUUUCUGGUUUGAUCUAUGAAGAAACUCGUGGAGUUCUCAAAGUAUUUCUUGAGAACGUUAUCCGUGAUGCAGUAACUUACACCGAGCACGCCAAGAGGAAGACAGUAACUGCAAUGGACGUCGUGUAUGCUUUGAAACGUCAAGGCCGUACUCUCUACGGAUUCGGCGGUUAAACGUUCGUCGGUUGCGUUCUUCACAUGUAACAUCGACAAAACGGCCCUUUUAAGGGCCAAAAACAUAUCUGAACGUAGAUCUUAUUCUAGUUACACAAUCUGAAUAAUACAUGAGAAUCUCCAAUUUCAACCCUCUACCAAGUU